GUGCUGAUGGCCACACGCGUCCUGGGCAGGACUGUAGCCUCCCUGUCUCUGUCAGUGGCUCUGGCCUCCCUGGCUGCCGAGUGCUCGGGCGGCGGCGUCUCGGCCUGCAGAAUCGCAUUUUCAUCUUGUUGGUUUCCUCUUAACUCCAACAUCAUGUCUGGUUCCAGUGAAGCUAAAGAGAAUUCGCACAACAAGGCUCGGACAUCGCCUUAUCCUGGUUCAGAAGUGCAGCGCCGCCAGGUCCCUAAUGAGAAGGUGGGCUGGCUUGUAGAGUGGCAUGACUAUGACCCGGUGGAAUAUACCGCAGGUUCUGUCUUGGCUGGACCUAGAUGGGCAGAUCCGCAGAUCAGUGAAAGUAACUUUUCCCCCAAGUUUAAUGAAAAAGAUGGGCAUGUUGAGAGGAAAAGUCAGAAUGGCCUUUAUGAAAUUGAAAAUGGCAGACCAAGAAAUCCUGCAGGACGGACAGGACUAGUUGGUCGGGGUCUUUUGGGACGCUGGGGCCCAAACCAUGCAGCAGAUCCUAUCAUAACCAGAUGGAAAAGAGAUAAAAGUGGAAAUAAAAUCACCCACCCCAUAUCUGGAAAAAACAUCUUACAGUUUGUUGCAAUAAAAAGGAAAGACUGUGGAGAAUGGGCAAUCCCAGGGGGCAUGGUGGAUCCAGGAGAGAAGAUUAGUGCUACCCUUAAAAGAGAAUUCAGUGAAGAAGCUCUCAAUUCCUUACAGAAAUCCAGUGCAGAGAAGAGACGAUUAGAGGAGCAGUUACAUAAACUCUUUAGCCAGGACCAUCUUGUGAUCUAUAAGGGAUAUGUUGAUGACCCUCGAAACACUGACAAUGCAUGGAUGGAGACAGAAGCUGUGAACUACCAUGAUGAAACAGGUGAGAUCAUGGAUAACCUUGUCCUUGAAGCUGGAGAUGAUGCAGGAAAAGUGAAGUGGGUGGACAUCAACGACCAACUCCAGCUUUAUGCCAGCCAUGCUCAGUUCAUCCAACAUGUGGCAGAGAAGCGGGAUGCACACUGGAGCGAGGGCCCACAGGCCGACUGCCAUGGGGUAUAGCACCAUGACCUGGCACCCACUGCCAGCAUAGGAGUGCAUUGAGAGCAGAGACAACACCAUAGAACUCUGUGUAUAAAGAGAGCAGGGCAGGUUGUGUAGAGGUGUUUAUUUUCAGAGUGGAAUUUGUAUGAUUUUUACCAGAAUAAUAAGCAAAUCUCAUCGAAUGGAGGACAGAAUUUUUUUUCCAGUCAAAAGAAAUAUGUUCACAUUUUGUCUAUUCUACUUAAGCAUGACUGGAUUUAAACAACUGCUGAUCUUCGAAGAAUUGUAAUUCAGAUAAAGGUGAAUUGCCAUCAUAUAUAACUCCCUCUUCCAUUUUGAACUUGUCUAUUUUUUCCUUGUCAUUUUUCUGAGAUCAGAAGGACCUUCCUUUAGGAGAAGCCACCACCAUUGUCUAAAACAUGUUUCAGUUGUCUGCUUUAUAUUUUGCUUUAUAUAAUCUUAUUGAAGCUGGUUCCCUAAAUGGAAACUUUAUGUAUUUUUACUUGGGCCAUCAGUUUUUGAGGUGAUUUUAGUUACUGGUGAAGU